UUUCGCCUUUUAAUGGCCGAAGAAUUUUAGGAAUCGGCCUCUUCCACCUCUCCUAAAUUCUCUCGUUCGUCGAGGCGGAAUCUUUACUGCUGUGCUCCGCUGCGUACCAGGGUGGGAAUAAAACUUGACUUGCAGAAGAAGUCUGGUGCAACUUCUAGUACCCUUUAGAUAUCGACUGUAGUUUUGUUUGUUGGUGUGGGCAAGCCAAACAAACAGAAAGAAGUGUUGGGAGUCACAAAAUUGAGCAUGGCCAGCAAUCAUGAAAUUCAAGACAAAAAUGCACCUGCAAGUGUUUCAAGCUGUUAUGCCUUCAAGAGCCGACUGCAAGAGUAUUGUCAAAAAGCAGGGCUCACAACUCCCACUUACGAAACUAUCAAGGAAGGCCCUUCGCAUGAGCCUUCCUUCAGAACAACUGUCAUUGUGAACAACGUAAGAUAUGAUUCCCUACCUGGAUUUUUCAAUCGCAAGACAGCAGAGCAGUCGGCUGCAGAGGUCGCACUCAUAGAACUUUCCAAAUCUGUUGGCACAAAGUUUGGUAUAUCUGUACCAGUGCAUGAAACCGGCUUGUGCAAAAACUUGCUGCAAGAAUACGCGCAAAAGAUGAACUACGCCAUCCCCUUGUACGAGUGCCACAAAGAUGAGAAACGCGGCAAAGCACCAAUGUAUUCUUGCAGCGUCGACAUCGGGGGCAUCAAGUACAUCGGAGCUGCAACAACCACAAAGAAGGAAGCCGAAAUCAAAGCAGCGAGGACGGCAUUGUUAGCCAUCCAAUCUUCGGGCUCUAUCUCUGCAGAUCAAGCCGGCAGCUCCUCCGUCUACAGCGUAAUUCCACAGAAGAAGAAAGUGUCCGACCUGGGAAUCAGCGUUCAGGAGACUGCGGCCGCACUCAAGCCAAAGAAAGGCCGUUUCAAGAAGCAACAGCAGAAGAAGAAGCGGCGGAGCACGAAGAAAGAGAACGGCGUUCAAGCUACUACGACAAAUUUGGAGUCUAACGCGGGAUCAGGUGCGCCCGAUGGCGCGGGGAACUUCCAAAACGGCAAUACGGACGGUGGCGCUGAUGCGAAUGGACUGGCGGGAGCAGAAAAAGCGGAAGCAGAAGGCGAAUCGCUUUCCGCUGGGAGUUGUGAUGGCUGUGUAGAUAACUACAGAGAAGUGGAUAACUGAAAAAUGCAGCAGCCAUUGUUGUCUUCUUGUUCCUGUUCUUGAGGUAAGUUGUGAGGAUAUUUGAUUUGAUUUGAGAGAGAGAGAGACAGAAGUGGAUGGGUAGAUUUGUGAUUAUGAGCAUGAGAGACAUUAAUUGGUUGUAAGAAGGAAGGAAAUUGAAUAUGGGGUGGGGGGGAUGAAGAUUGUCAUAUGAUCCUUACUUGUAUUGAUUGGGAUUGGCAUUGUUAUUGGUUGGUUACUCCUACCCACAUUGAUUACUAUUGGGGUUCUCCUGUCCUUAUUCUUAUUAUUAUUUUAUUUUUAUAUUGUGGAAAUAACAUUUAAUACCUUGCAAAUUAAAUUAAAUUCAAGGA